AUGGUAGAGUUUGACAUUAACAACUCGGUGCAUGUGUCCACGACACAUACAACGUUUUACGUGAAUGGCUUGCGCCAUCCGCGUGUACCCACCUUACUAGAGUAUAACUCUGGUUUAAGGGGGAAAGGGAGCAAAAACCGAUUUGUUUCACGCUCAUCACGCUCUGACGAAGAGGUCAUUGCGUUUGACGCCGAUAUCGAUAACAUCGAUAUCGAAGAAGAUGAUGCCAGUGAGAGUGCGGAAGCCCUCACUGAAGAAAAGGUUGAUGUUGCUGCAGUGCACUCACAGUGCACUGUAGCUAAUGAGUCAUCAGAUGAGUUCAUACUGGCUCGUGAAACGGUAGUCCGUUUUGUGCAAGACUCCAUCGCCGAAGCGGUGGAAAAGCAAAAGUAA